GCAGAGGGUUCAACGAGGAACCCCUGUCUCCUUCUCUCUCCCUCCUCCUUGGCCUGUCCACCACGAAUUCGAAGGUAGUAGGUGUUUUCGUAAAAGAGAAACUCGCGUUCGACACGUGAUCGCGGAUAAAGUCGCCGGACUCUGGUGCGUCCAUUCGUAUCCCUUAAUUGAUCGUCGGCCGAUUUUCUCGUCGAGUAAACGCGAAGAGGACGACGACGCCCAUCGAAACGACUAAUUCGAGGGAAUUGAAGAGGCCGGUCGAGCCGCAACCUCUCGAGGACAGGGAAUCCUGGCACGCCUCCAACCUCCGUCUCUUCGACGACGCCGAUUUGGCGAUGUUCGAUGUCAGCACAGCAGACCGCGAAGUGUGUCGUUGCUAUUUUCAGGUAGAAAUUGGGAUCGUUGCAGUUUAACGCGAUUGAAACCGGAGAUACGUCGCGAGUGAAGCCGCACAAACGAGCACACGAACUGUAGAAACUACGCGCGUCGAAAAAGGGAACAAAAAGCUCGUAAAUCUGAUGAGGAACAGGUUCUCCUAUACGUCUUUUGGAAUAUGCAAAGUGCGAGAAGCGCGCGAAAAGACAAACUUUUUUACGAAAUAGAGCGACUCCAAGUUUUUUAUACCAGAACACAUCUAUAUUUGUAGACCCUUUUUUCGACAUAUUUAUUCUGCAAACGGUAUUUUAACAAGGCGCGAGUGUGGAAUGGAUGAAUCAAAUAAAAGAAAUUACAUUGAAUACUGCAAGAUUUUAUCGGCUAAGAGAAGAAGAAAGGAAGACCGGUGUCUGGAUCAGGACAAUUCAAUUAAUUAUCGUGUACACGAGUGCAUCGUCAGACGCGUCCGUGUCAACGGAUAGACGUUGUUUUCUCGUGGAAUGAAUGAACGUGACCCUUGGAAUUCUUAUGCGGAUGUAGAGAGUAGACGCACGUGCUUCGUGAAUCGACCAAGAUUUGUGAUGGCCGCGCGUGCCAAACGCUUGGAGGAAUCAACCGUUAUGACGUGAUCCAGCAGCGAGAGGAGACUUUAGGUGGAAGUAGCUCAGGAGGAUUCCACGACUAUUUUAAGAACGUCGAUGAGCAUAGUUUCUGAGAGAAAAGUGGAAACUGACACGCGCCGGCCAUCUUCGAUAGUCGAUAAUAAUACAGCGGAACAAAAACCGAGAAGAAAAACAAACAUCUCCGCGUAACAGCUUUUAAAUUUUUUACUAUUUUUACGAUCGAGUAGUGUAAUCGUGAAUAUAAUACGAAUCAAAUAAGUGGUAUCGUAAAAAAAAAAGAAAAAAAAAAGGGAGAAAAGAAACAUGGAGGGACGAUCAAAAAUCGAACUUGUCCGCGUGCCUUCGAACGAGCGCGGCGGUAACUUCCGAUCCGUGGACGGUGGCCGUGGCAGUUAUAACUACGUUCGUGUAGGCACGUACUGCCCGGAACCGGAAGUUAAAGUGGUAGUUUGCGACAGCAAACCGCCUAUCGAGCAGAAUCGGAAAUUCAAAAAGCACUUGGGACCAGUUUCGAAAUUACUUAGACGUCGCCAUCACGCGGCAUAUCUCGCAACAAAAUCCUGUGAUAAUAUUUAUAACGUGAAUAGAAGUAGUAGCUCCUUAGAUUGGAGGGUUAAUCAAACGACAAACGAGCAAGGCUUUCAAUCCCGUCAAAGCAGCAGCCUUGAUUGGCGAGUAGGAAGAUCUAUCAACAAGCUACAUUGGAGGGACACUACGCGCAGCGCGGAACAGCUUUCGAGAAGUGGAGCAAUCAGUUCUGAUCACCUUCAAACAUCCAGUACAAAGUCGAAACUCAUUUCGUUGUUACGAAGAUUGUCUCCGCGAGUUUCUCGUCCAGGAAGCAAAAAUUCCUUGCAAGCCUCCCCGACGAUUUGUCCUUGGGUGCAGGUAGAGUACUCGACAGAAUCGAUCAACGAUGGAUUACGAGAAGAUUCGCAGGAAAACGACGUAAGCUUCCAGAGAGAACUGCAGCUAAACGAACUAAGGAAACGCAUGGCUGGAAUCCCUACCACUUCUCAGGUCACUACGAAAGGACUUGCUAAAAAUGACAAGGAACAGCAAAGCUCUUCGAAGGUCAAGAUACACGUACAACAAGCAGAAAAUGAUUAUACUAACGCAUCGCAAUCUGUGCACGAGGACCGCGGAGACGAGGAUCGUCGACGAGCUUGCGGGCAAACACGUGGUGGCAGCGAGGUAGCGGGCCUGGAGGACGUCGGCGAUUGCUGCGCCGCGACGCUGACGCCGUCGGUCCCAGGCGCCGCCGGCAUCAGAUCCAAUCGCCGUACAAGGCCGCUCUCUCUUGCAGUACAACCUCUUAAUUAUCGACGCUUCGAUCCGGACCCGAAAAUCGCCAUCGACAUCGUCACCGGCCAUCAUCCUAACAUGACUAGCCAGGAGAGCAUCGGCAGCUGCAGUCUGGACGUCGAUCAGUCCGCGUCCGACCGAUCAGAGAACACCAUAGACACUAUAUCGAAGAAAACGUUGCACAGUCUGAAUUUAUCUUGCAACGGUGACUCGGCGUCUCAGGCGGAGAAGUUGGCAAACGGUAGCAGUGAAACGCUGCAAAAGUCCAAUUUAACUCCAGAUGAGAAAUUAAAUGUCAGCAAUGGUCAUCGAAACAGUCCAGAGCCAGAGCAGCUGACAGUGAAGAAACCGAGUUACUUAGGUCUGGCUUGUAGCAUCAGUGGCUAUUCGGGGAUCAACAGAUACGACAGCAAGCUCAGGGAAGGAUUUCGAUCGAGGGACAGCAGCCCUGGGACCAGGUUGAUCAAUAGAGACACCAGCCCGGCAGGUUUCAGAUCAAACGAAAAUCUCAACGUGCCAGCGCACCCUUAUACACCUAAGAGCCAGUCAAUUUCACCCCUAGCGAUGGAUAGACAAAACGGUUUUUCCAACGGUCUGAAGGAGGAGUGUAAAGUGGAGACUUACAGGGAAGCCAGAAGUUCCAUAGGAAUCUAUCAGGGCUACUCCGAGGUUGACAAAGGAGUGUUGCACACUACGUUCCCUGAUAUCAGUCCAGUUCAAGCUUCUACACCUACGAAACGUAGCCCUGGAGUAUCGCAGAUGAUGUCUUGUAGUCAACAGAAUAAACAUUUCUCAGUGUCGUCUCCAAAGCAACCUACUGUUAACCUUUCGAAUGCUUCGUUUGGCGAUACGAGUAUAAUAAACGGGGCCACAGAGGAGGUGGAAAAUCAGGUGGUAAACAGCACCACGAGCAGCGAAAAAUCUUUCAUUCAGCAACGAGUAGAACGGCUCUACGGUCCUGGAGCUCUAGCACAGGGUUUUUUCUUCAAACGUAGCACCAGCAGACUGAGCACUAGCGACAGCAGCUUUAAUAAGUCUAGUAACAACAACGACGUAUCGGCUGACAAUGCGAAUACCGAGGAGUCUUUGAAAAAUUUGCCAGUGUUAAGACACCUGAGACCAGAGUUCCGAGCUCAACUUCCUGUGGUUAGCCCUAGAAGACCUACCGAUGGUUCGGAACAAAUUCUCAAGCCUUUGCAAAGGGUAACGCCAGUGUCACGUAAGGUCGAGCAGAAACCAAAAAUACCAGCAGCUACGAAUUUAGACGUAAAUCUAGCGGACAGUGGAGCACAAAAGCUGAAUUCUAGCGUGACCAGCAUCCCAGAUCAGCAGCCAGCUGCUCCAAAAGUAGUUCUACCUGUCUUAGAACCGAGCGCCAGCUCGACAAACGUGGCGAAACAGGUUGAGGAGGCGGAGAAAACGGUCGAAGAGAAAAAUGGGCAUUACUUCAUGAAGCUGCUGAAACAGGAGACGGACAGGCUGCUCUCGUUAGCCGCGUCAGCAGAAGCGGAAUUGGCCAGUGACGAUACUGUUGCACUUCCGGAAGAAGCAGCCGGAAAACUGCGGUCAGCUGCAGGCAAAGCUAAAUUGCUCACUUCGCAGAAGAUGCAACAGUUUGAGGGGCUGUGCCAGAAAAAUAUUAAUCAAGUGCCUGGCGAAGAGUUCCCAACAACGAACGAGGAUUUGGCGGGCUUCUGGGACAUGGUGAUGCUGCAGGUGGUUCAAGUAAACGAGCUAUUCGAUCAGAUAGAAAAGUUACGCAAUUCUCAGUGGCAAGAGACUGUACCAGAGAAAAAGACAGUUGCUUCAGCUCCGCAGAAUGGCACCACUGCCAAACGUCGCGUCACGCCAAUUCACAAACCAAAAUCCACAGCUAACAGCGAAGCAAACAAGAAGGCAAGAGAAGCAAGAGAACAAGCUCGAAGGCAACUGAUCGAAGAGAGAAGACGAGCGAUGCGCUCGAAAGCGCAAAAUUCCGAGAAUACCGUGAAGAUCUUCGCCCCCGAUACGUAACGAUAAAAAGAGGGGCGGAUCUAUUCAGCAAUUCGUAGCAGCGUUUCCGGCGACGCUUAAUGCCUCGAGCCCAAAUCAAACUGCGGUAUUUUGUAUGCAUUUUCUUAAACAACUCGAAUCUCGAGCAGACUGACGAUUAAUUCUGAAAGCUUCUUAAUUGACGAUUAAUACGAUGCUCGUUGUUGCGUCUGGAUCCACUUAAUAAAUAGAUUAAUGACAAUUAAACAUCAGAUUGCUCGGUAUGGAGUUGACUAUAAACAAUAAUUAUCGAUAUGCUUCGAACUACAAUCAAACUCGCUUUAUGUCGUUAAUAGAGUUGAGCGUUGUGGGACAGCAUACGAGCAAUAAGAGCGAUUCAUGUAAUUGAUAAAUAUUUAGUGCGAUCGGUUUUUUUAAGGAUUGACUUUUAGUAAAUAUAAAAAGAGCCGGAUCGAUCGGGAGAUUAAGUUUUUAACGUUUUAAAUGUACGAUAUUUUAUUACGAUGUUUCCUCGUCUCACGCUCUUAAAUGUUUCUCUUCGAUUUUGUACACGCUGUGAUGUUUCGUGCUAAUCUUGUUACGUUUUAUAACAAUUUACGCUGUCGUUCGAUUUCUACGUAUUUAAUGUUCACUUUACGAACGGAAUAGCACAGUAACAGUUGAGCAUCUUCGGCUCUUUGUUUCUAUUUCAUGUUUCUUUUUGUAAGAUACUAUGUCAAAGAAUAUGUUACUCGAUGAGAAAAAAAAGCAAAUCAGAAUAAGUGAUUGGGGAGAAAAUGAAUUGUAAAAAAUCAUUUCUCAAUUUUCAUAGUAGAAAGGAAGGGAUAAAGACUACCCUUUGCCCAUUGAAUCUUUUUUGCAAGAAAGCUGAAAAGUAGUUACUCGAGUAAAGCGGCCAGAUCAUAUUUCUAUAUGGUAUUUCUAGCGAUCAUGAGUAACUUAUAUUUAUACGAAUAGCAUGAACGAUCGACGAUCGCUGAUAAACGUUAAUGAUCAGCAAGAUGAAGGUAGAGAAGUUUAUAACUAAUCGUGGAAGUUAGUCAAAACUUAGGAACUUAAUAAACCUGGUUUAAGGACUGCAAGACAAGAGAUAUACUCGAGAAAUAUUGGUUGCCUUGAGCCAGGUAUAAUUUUUAUCUUGUAGUUCAUGUAUAUAAUAUUAACGAUCGUUCGAAAAAAGCGAACAAUCAACCGUGCUCGCCUAAGAAUUUCUGCUUGCAAAACGAUCGGGAUCGGGAUAGAUCGCGAGUUGCAGGUUAAACCAGAAAAAGAUUCCUAUUAUUUUUACUAUCUAUACUGUUUCUGUAACUCUCGUAACAAUUAAUUGAUAUUAUUAUUUUAAACUCGAUCGUUAGUUUGAUCGCAUUAAUACCUCUCACGAGGAAAUCGGUUUCGGAAAAAAUAUCGUAGUUGUGAAUAGAUCUUGCGAAUUACCUGACAGACAAAAGGUGAAAGAUUCUUCAGAAGAGUCCCUGCGCAAACAUCGUAUGGACCCACGUUUGUCUAAACUGACAUUCCCGUAGAGACGGUCUCGAAACACCCGAUAGUUUAAUUCCCAUGUUAAUUUUAAGGUGUAUCUGGUAGAUAAACUGACGUUAGCAGAUAUAAUUUAGAGCUGGCCCAACCAAAAAACACGCGCUAUCUAAUUAAAUACUCGGUAUGAUGAAUGUGUCGCGAUUUUCACGAUGGUAUUGACUAAUGUGCUGACAAAUUUAUAAUUCCAUGCGCGUUAAAAUUGCAAAGAAAACAAAAUAAAGAAUAAAGCGAAAAGAUGGAAAGGAAAUUUCUCGAAGCAUCGUUCUGCUUACUAAUAUGCAGUAACGCGUAUCAAUCUGCGUUAUUUAUUGACUGUUGAUUCCCUUGGUGCCUUGAUUAUUUAUACGUGUGUACAUAAAAUCGACUGACAACCGACGAUUCGACGCGAUAUCACGUGCGAUCGCUUUUGAUCGCACGUGCCACAGACCCAUCGAAAGACAACAAGCGAGUCGAUAAAUGAGAAUGAAAUGAAAACACGUUGGAAGCUUCUUUUUUUUAAUUAGUUGGUGGGUUCAUUGAUCAGUUUUCUUGCACAAUAUUCACGAUCAUGGAUAGAGAGACAAAUAAGGAAUCAGGAUCAUAUAAUUUUGUUCUCAUUUAUCCGUUCUGCCUAAAGACGAAAACAAAUUUUGGUAACGAUUUAUUUUAGAUUUCUAGCGAAUCCAUCAGAAUUUUCUAUAAAACGUCAUCCUGAGUGAGAAACGAUUAAUUUUUUUAAUGUAUCAACCGUGUGCCGCCAGCGACUGUAAAUAAGCGUGAGAGAAUAUUGCGUGGCUGAAACAGCGAGCGAUUACAAGCAAAUUAAUCGUGUAAUUUUCAGAAACCGUUGUAUACCGAUAUGAACAUUGGCCAGCACGACAGAAUUCACGCGUAUUGCAACUCGUUUUUCGUACUCUGUUAGUUCUCUUCGUUCUUAGUUGCAUCCUCGAUAUACUGUGUAUAGUCCUUGUUUAGGGGCUCACCUUAAUCCACACGUAGUAAUUUAUAUUCAGAACAGUUCCCCGUUGCUUUUAUAGGGACCCAUAUGCCACAUAGCUUUUCAAGAGAUCGAUCCAAAGCGUAUAUAAGGAUAAUCGUCGUGACAACCACAAUCAUCACGUUUCUCAAAAUGUAUUGUCUCUAUUUUUUAAUUCGCCGAAAAUUUCACUAGAAUUUGGAAUUACGUCGUUCUUGAGAGAAAAAUGUCCUGUGUUUUUAUCUCAUGAGAAAUCGAAACUGAUUUUCGGAAACGACAGGAAGCGCAAAUUUUUUACUUAUCGAUGGGAAAAGAUUCGAUGUCUGUUAAACGCGUCGAUCAUCGAACGUUCCCUUUCUCUUUUUUACGCGAAUAAACAAUUACGAUUAUUUAUUUAUUAGAUACUAGUAAGCUGUCCAUACACCUGUUCUCAAUGAAUUAAUAAAAAAUGAUAGAAAAA